AAUGACAGUUGUCGCGGUUGUAUGUAACAUUUAUAAUAUUUUGUAUUUAAAUCUCAAAAUAUGUAGAAUCCAUUUAUAGCAGAUCAACAUAUUGUUUUUAUAACACAAAUAAACAAUGACACCAACAAUACCCAAGAAAAUGUCUCCAAAAGUGUCAGAUGUGAUGAGUAAAGAGUUUAGUGAAGCCAAACUUAAGCAUCUAAGUUCAGGUACAAAGACUCACUUAUCGCGCCAAGAUUUGGGUGCUGGUGACUUGGGUCCAGAUUGGACGCGAGGAAAAGUUCUAUUUAAACCAGAAGAUCAACUGCAAUUGACGGAAGCGGAAUUGCAAGAGGAAUUUGCCAGAGUAUUGACUAUACAGAACACAAGGGUGCCGGACUCCUUGGUUGAAUGGUCAUACAAGUUACGUGAAUUUGUAAGAUUACCUCCUCCGCCGCAUUUAAUGACUCUUCUGAGCGUUACUGGCACUAUAGUGUACAAAGAAGGUGCAAAAAUAGAAUUGGCAGCUGAAGAGAAGGAUGUAAGUGAGAAACCAAAGCAUGACGAAGAGGAAGAAGAAAAAAAGACUGAAGACAAAGAAGAGGAAGAAGAAGAAAUAGAUAAGACAGUGGAGGCCGACGUUGAGCACGAGGCUGAGCCAGAACCUGAGGAAGAAGAUGCGGAGAAAAUAAAACCCAAAAAAAUACCAAAUCAAUUUAAUUUCUGCGAGAGAGCGGCAUUGACAUAUCAUAAUCCUAUGAGGGACAUGAGCACACAAACCAUACCUCCGCCUACCGCAACUUUUAGCGCUAACAUUUUACAGUGGACAAUCUUUGAUGAAUAUCAGGAAGAUUACGCUCAGCAACAACGCGAAAAAGAAAAAGAGAAAAAAGUACCGUUAACACAAAAAAAGGAGGAGAUAAAGAAGAAGGCGCAGAUAGAAUCAUUGGAGCUGAAUAACAGAAUGCUACAAGCAGCAAAAACACUAGAACGAAUGGUAAACCAAAAUAUUUUCGACGAUAUAUCGCAAGAUUAUAGAUAUUGGGACGAUCCGAGCGACGAGUUCAAGGCCGGCGAGGGCUCUUUAUUACCUUUGUGGAAAUUUUCUUACGAAAAGACCAAGAAACACGACAUUACGGACAUGUGUUUCAACACCAGAUACUACGAUCUCUUCGCGGUUGCUUUUGGGACACUGUCGUUCAACACUUCAAUUACAAAUGGCACAGUGUGCUUAUUCAGCUUGAAGAAUCCGUCGUAUCCAGAAUGGAUUUGUCCAACAGAAUCCCCUGUAAUGUGCCUGAACUUCAGUGUUCAACAUUCCCAUCUUUUGGUUAUCGGUACUAUGGACGGAGCAGUGGCGGUUUAUAACGUGAUGUUACCGUCGUCCGCGCCUCAGUAUAAAAGCAACGACGUUGCGCAGAAGCACGGAGGGUUGGUGUGGGAGAUUCGCUGGGCUCCCGACACCGAGGAUGGAAACCUGACGUUUUUCAGCGUCAGCAUCGACGGCAAAAUAAAUCAUUGGGUGUUAAAUCAGAACGACCUCAGCCUCACCACCGUUAUGACGUUAUUCCUGGAUCGGCCGCCUAUACCGGGACCAGAUGGCACGUUGAUCACGCUGAAAGGAUGCGGGACGUGCAUCGCGUUUCAUCCCGCUGAUCAGAAUGUUUUCCUAGUCGGCACGGAGGAGGGCACCAUGUAUAAAUGUAACACGGCGUACAGUAGUAUUUAUAUGAGAACGUAUCACGAGGCGCACACCAUGCCGGUAUAUCGAAUAGUCUUCAACAAAUUUAACUCCAGCAUUUUCGCCAGCUGCUCCGGCGAUUGGCGAAUUAAGAUCUGGGAAGACGAGAGACCAGAACCUCUGUUCAUGUUUGACCUGGGUGUUCCGAUCGGAGACGUUCAGUGGGCGCCGUACAGCUCGACGGUGCUCGCUUGCGUGUCAAACGACGGCAAAGUCACCGUGUUCGACUUAAACGUCAACAAGUACAGACCGAUUUGCAGUCAGCAGGUUGUCAGUAAGCGAAAAAACAAAUUAACCCGAUUGGCUUUCAACAACGUGCUGCCGUUCAUAAUAGUCGGCGAUGACAAGGGUACUGUAAACACACUGAAACUGUCUCCAAAUUUGCGAAUAAAAGUGAAACCGACAAAGAAGCAACUGCACUUGUCGCAGACGGAAUUGGAAUCUAUGAAAUUAGAGAAACUGCUCAGUUUCGUACGCGAACCGCCGGUACUUGUUCCGCCUAAGGACGUGCGAACGGUUAACUAAGUUGGACAUACAAAACGCACACAUAGAGGGAGAUUUUUAACCCGUUGUAUGUAAACAAUAGUGGUUUAUUAAUAUUUGCUAUAACAGACGAAUACAUAUACAUAUAUAUUUUUAUAAAUAAAUUGGCACUAAUUAUGCAAUAGAGUUCAAAAAAGAGAAUAAUUCUCUUUUUAUUCCAUUAGCAGUUCACAUCUCUAAAAUUGCCGUCUGAAUUCUUAAGAAACAUUAUAUUGUAGUAAUAUUUCAGGUUUAUUGCUCGUAAUGUAACAAACUUUCGUUUUAAACUAAAUAUAAAAUAAAAUAUAUUAUUUACAUAAUUGUUUCUUCUAUAAUUAAAACACAACUUUUAAUUCUUAUAUGUGGAAGUCUCUUCUCCCUUUCUCGAGAUUAUAAUUAAUCUUUUAUUUAGCGGAACUUGGAGAUAAUCGAAGAUUCUCUAUUA